GGAGCCACCACCAAAGGAUCUAACAACAACAAAAAACCAUGGCCGGCGGACACUACCGGGAAGUCCUCCACCAAGACCCCGCACUCAUCAAAUAUGCCAACCUAAACACGAACCGCUACAAGUACUUUCGAUGGAAUGCCCGCACGGCGAAGGUAUCGUUUAUUUACGCUGUCGUUAUACCUGCCGCGCUGUUGACAUUGGCGUAUAAGACUGAGGGAAAAUACAACUUUCGCGACAAACGACGCGGCGAUAUUCCGCAGGAUUUCUAGGGGAAAAAAAUCUCUUACGGACGGAGAAGGGUAUAUAGGGUAUGCUCUGUUGGAGAAAUCGGAUUGGGUGAAGCGGUGGGUGGGCAAAUCUACCGCUACCGAUGUACUGUACCGGUACUCACUCGUGUUAGACAUAGUUGCACAAUUCAAUUUGUGAAGAAAAAAAAAGAUGGAUCUUAGGCCUAUCAUAAAGAGUCUAUCUUAUCG